GAUAUAAAUAGACGGAUUCCCUCGUUCUUAGAAUAAAUCGUCCUUCCAAUAUACUUUUCAAAAACUAUAAUUCAUAUCACCAGAUUACCAGUUAUAGCAACUUUAGUAAAAUCAAUUGAUAUUAUUUUUCUUGCUAUAUUCCCUCAAAGACCAUUCUUGCUCUCCACACUAUAAAUACUUUCAAGUUUCUGCUCGUGUGCCAAAGUAUUCCAACCCCCAACCACAUUUCCAUUAUAUCCUAAUACAAUAUGACUGAAAAAACAGUUGGUACUACACCUACUGAUACCACUGCUCCGGCAGAGGAUGGGUUCUUUGUACAUAGUUCUUCGUCUUCGUUCAACGAAAAGCAAAAGCAUGCCAGUGAUGCUGAAUCCACCUUGUCACACAAGCAAGUCAAGGAAUCUGCAGACCAAAAUAUCCUUUCUUCAUACUCCCCUUCUCAAGUCAAGCAAAUGGGUAGAAAUUACGCCAUCAAGUAUGGUCUUGACCCUGAAUUAUUUGCUCGUGCUGCCCUUGUGGCGAGAUCACCAAGUGAUUUUAAUUCCAUGGAAGAGUUAUCUGAAGAAGAAAAAGUAGCCCUUAACACCGAAGCCACCAAGAAAUGGCACGUUCCAAACAAGUUGAUUCUUGUUAUUGCCUUGGGUUCCAUGUCUGCCGCUGUGCAAGGUAUGGAUGAAUCGGUUAUCAAUGGUGCUAAUCUUUUCUAUCCUACCUACAUGGGUAUUGGAGGAGACUCUAGAAGAGACUUGAUGCUUUUGGGAUUGGUUAACGGUGCUCCUUACCUUGCCGCUUCCUGUAUCGCUUGUUGGAUGUCUGACAUUACUAAUCGUCAUUUGGGUCGUAAAUGGACCAUUUUCUGGACUUGUAUGAUUUCUGCUCUUUCUUGUUUCUGGCAAGGGUUUGUCAACAACUGGUACCAUUUGUUUAUUGCUCGUUUUGUUUUGGGCUUUGGUCUUGGUAUCAAAUCCGCUACUGUUCCAGCCUAUGCUUCCGAAUGUACUCCUAAGCAUAUUAGAGGUGCCUUGGUUAUGUUGUGGCAAUUUUUCACUGCUGUCGGUAUUAUGUUUGGUUAUGUUGCAUCUUUGGCAUUUUACCAUGUUGGAGACCAUGGAAUUGGUGGUGGUCUCCAUUGGAGAUUAAUGUUGGCUUCCGCCAUGAUCCCUGCUCUUAUUGUCUUGGUCCAAGUUCCAUUUGUCCCUGAAUCGCCUCGUUGGUUGAUGGGUAAGGGUAGACACGCGGAUGCUUUUGAAGCCUUAUGUCAAUUACGUUUCGAUAAGAUUUCUGCUGCAAGAGAUUCCUUUUACCAACAUGUUUUACUUUCUGAAGAAAGCUCUUAUGACGGUCUCCCAACUUGGAAGCGUAUGAUUGAAAUGUUUACCAUUAGACGUAAUAGAAACGGUGCCUUGGGUGCUUGGAUCGUCAUGUUUAUGCAACAAUUCUGUGGUAUUAACGUUAUCGCUUACUACUCCUCUUCUAUUUUCAUUGAAGCCAACAUGGGUGAAAUUAGAUCCUUAUUAGCUUCCUGGGGUUUUGGUAUGAUUAACUUUGUAUUUGCCAUUCCUGCCAUUUACACUAUUGAUACUUUUGGAAGACGUAAUUUGUUGUUGACCACUUUCCCAUUGAUGUGUAUCUUCUUAUUAGUAGCCGGUUUCGGUUUCUUUAUUCCUCAAGAUACUAACCCACAAGGUAGAGUUGGUAUGAUUAUCACUGGUAUUUACUUGUUUGCCGCUGUCUAUUCUUCUGGUGAAGGUCCAGUUCCAUUUACUUAUUCAGCUGAAGCUUUCCCAUUAUACAUUCGUGACUUGGGUAUGGGUUUUGCAACCGCCACCUGUUGGUUCUUUAACUUUGUCCUUGCGUUGACUUGGCCAUUAUUGAAGACUGCCUUCACUCCUCAAGGUGCCUUUGGUUGGUAUGCUGCUUGGAAUAUUGUUGGAUUCUUUUUGGUUCUUUGGUUCUUGCCAGAAACUAAGGGCUUGACCUUGGAAGAAUUGGAUGAAGUUUUCAGUGUCAGUUGUAUGAAGCAUGCCAGAUGGCAAACUGCUCACUUCUGGAACAACAUUCAAAGAGUUGUGUUACGUAGAGAAGUGGCUCCACUUCCUCCAUUGUACGCUCACCAAAGAAUGGCUGUCACCAACCCAGAAUGGAACGACAAGGCCGAAACUUCUCAUGUCGAAUAAGAUUCUAUCUAUACGUAGAUUUAUAAUAAUUCUGUGAAAUUAAUAUUAAUAUAAAUUCAUUCAUAUAAUCAUAUAAUUAAUCAUUAAGCUAUGUGUAACAGAGAUUC